UGUUGUGUUCAAAAGCAGCUAGAAGGGUUGGAAAUCACAAAACUCAGCAGGACUGACAACAGAGUACAUUUGUCAUAUCACAGACAGAUAUAGCGUCGUGGAUUCGAGAACAGCUGCAGAACUCUUUAACCCACUGACUAGAGAGAUUGAAUCCAGCAGUCGCAAUGGCAGACAGCGGGAAGACUAAUGAGAUUGGAGCUGCAGCAGCCGAACCAGCUAAUGGAGACCAGCAGAAUGUUGUUUCCCGCGUGGGCAAUUUGCCUCUGGUCAGUUCAGCGUGCGGGGUGGUUUCCAGCGCCUACAGUAGCACCAAAGACAGUGUGCCCUUGCUGAAGGGAGUGAUGGAUGUAGCAGAGAGUGGAGUCCGAACCCUGGGAGCAGCCGCGACCACGGGGUCAAAGCCGCUUUUUGACAUUAUAGAACCACAGCUUGCUACAGUGAAUGAGUACGCCUUGAAAGGACUGGAUAAGAUGGAAGAGAAGCUGCCUAUUCUUCACCAACCUGCAGACAAGGUGGUGUCGGACACAGUAGGUAUGGUGUACCAGUCGGUGGCGGGGGCCAAAGACGCUGUGAUGGGGGCUGUGAUGGGUGGUGUGGAGAUGACCCGGGCAGCGGUCAGCGGAGGUAUCAGCUCUGCCAUGGGCACCAGGAUGGGCCAGAUGGUCAGCAGUGGGAUGGGCCUGGCCCUGAGCCGAUCCGAGGACUGGGUUGACCAGAACCUGCCACUCACUGAGAGGGAGCUGGCUGCUGUGGCUGAACCUGCCACCAGUGAGGUGGCUGAACCUGCCACCAGUGAGAUGACUGCCCCAUCGAGCCCCAGCUACUUCGUCCGCUUGGGGAAACUCUCCGCCAAAGUCCAGGAGCGAGCCCUGCAGCAGUCCCUGGUCCGUGCUGGCCAUGCCAGGGAUGCCACCUACGCUACAGUGGCUCAGAUUACCAGUACUCUGGACCUGCUGGAGACUGCCCGUACCGGUCUGGGUACCGCCAGUAACCAGAUAGGAGGAGCCUCAGAGCUGCUGCUGCAGCGCUGGACGGAGUGGAAACAGAAGCAGGCUGGAGCUGGACAGACUGAGUCAGAGCCAGAUGGGACCAGAGAUGAGGCUGAGCAGCUGGAAUGGCGUGUCCUCUCCAUGGUGCACGGUCUGAGCGACCAGCUGAGAUCAGCAUGCUCCAACGUGGUGUCAAGUGCUCAGGGUCUGCCAGCUGCAGUCCAGGACCAGCUUACCAGCGCGAGGCGAUCAGCUGAGGAAUUGCACUCCUCCCUGGGGACCACCAGCACCAUCACACCCCUCCUUCUGGAGCGGACCCGCCACCAGCUGAACCAAGUUAAACAGUCUCUGGACGGUGUCAUGGAGUAUCUGCUUAACAACACACCACUCAACUGGCUGGUGGGACCGUUUGCCCCUCAGAUCACGGAGAAGGGAGAUGAGGCGAUGGAGCAGAGCGGACCACACAAAUAGACUUGCAUGACUUUGUUGUGAUUCUGCAUGAGGGUGACAGAAGACCGGUGUAUACUGUAGAUGGACCGUUUAAAAAAAACGAAACAUAUUUUCUUGCUUUAUUGAAAGAUGCCUUAAUAUUUUCUUCUUGACACACAGCAUUUAAUGACACUACAUUUGUGAUGUCGAGGUUAAUGACGGAAAGCUCUGACGUGGCCAUAGAGAAUUUAUACAUCUGUGCACUUUAUUAUAUAUCCUAAAAGAUACAAGUAUUCUUUAUAUAUGUUAAAAAAAAAUCUAUCUAUGCAUGUGCCCAAGUGCCUAAAAAUAAGUCAAAGUAUUCCUAGAACUAAGUCAAUUCUCUGAAAAAAUGGAUUUGUGUGGAUAAAACAGCCAGAAUAAUUAAACUCUUAAAAAAAACCAUAUUUGCUUGCUUUAUUGAAAGAUGCCUAAAUGUUUUCUUCUUUCAUAAGUUAAUGACACUACAUUUGUGAUGUCGAGGUUAAUGACGGAAAGCUCUGACUAACCAUAGAGAAUUUGAACAUCUGUGCACUAUAUUAUAUAUCCUAAAAGAUACAAGUACUUUUUUAUAUAUGUUAAAAAAAUCAAUCUAUGCAUGUGUCUGUUAUUGCGGAGCCUUUGGGAAGUGGUUGAGGUUGAAUGAUUUGUUGUGCAAAGUGUCUGACUUUGACACCAGAAAACGCUUUUUUCUAUUACAGGGUUUACCCUUGGAUUUUAUACAGCAGCUGUGCUGAAAUGUGUCGGUUUAGAAGUGCCAUCAGAAGAUAUAAAAUAUAUAUAUAUAUAUAUAUAUAUAUAUAUAUAUAUAUAUAUAUAUAUAUAUAUAUAUAUAUAUAAGUAUGUAAGUGCCUAAAAAGAAGUCAAAGUAUUCCUAGAACUAAGCCUAGAUUUGUGUGGAUAAAACAGCCGGAAUAAUUAAACUCUAAUUAGAUGUAGAGGUAACGGUGAAUUCAUUUCUUUUUAAAUUUGCAGUUUUAAUUUCACUAUUUUGUGUCUUCACCUUGAUGGGUUUUUCUAAAAAAAAAAGCAGCUCUCAAUGAUCUUGCCAUGUCAAUACAAUGACAGUAUUGCUGUAUAUGUGUUGUAAUACAUUCAUUAAAGCGUUAU